AUGAAAAAAAAAAUCGAACAAAACAAUCCGAGGCACAAAAAGUAUUCCUAUUCAGAUGAAAGCAAGAUGCAAAAUUUUUUUUAUAAAAGUAUAAAUAAAAAUCGAUUUUACCUUUUAUUUUUUUUAUUCCUUUUUUCGUCAUUAACACAUUUAGCGCAAUGUCAAGUAAAAAAAAAAGUUUCUGUUAGUGAAAUCAAUUUCGAUAGUGCCGUGGAUGAUGUCCAGUGGUGUGGUAACAACCAUUCGACCGUUUUAGUAAAAACGAUAAAGGGAAAAUUAUAUAGAAGUUCAGAUGGAGGUAAAAUAUGGACAAAUAUAACAAGUAAUUUAUCGGAAAAUUCCAGUAACAAAAAUGAUAGCACAUCAGGACACACCCCUGAAACUACUGUAGUCGAUCUAAUUAUGGUUAAUCCUAUUAACAAAAAUAUCGUAUUAGUUAUUGGAGCUCAAAAUAGUCAUUAUAUAUCAGAUGAUGCUGGAGAAACAUUUAAAUUAAUAAAUUAUAAAAAUAAAAUUAAUUUUUGGCAAUUUCAUAAUAAAAAGGCACAAUGGGCUUUAGUUUCAUCAUGGACAUCUGCUUGUUUUUCGACAGAUAAUAGCAGUGGGGAAUGUAUGCAAACUUUAUCAUUAACAAAAGAUUUAGGUGCAAGUUUUCAGUUAAUAGAUAUUUAUGUUGUUCAAUUUAAUUGGGGAGAUGUAAGUUCACACUCCGAAGAUACUAUUUAUUACACUCGACAUAGAAAUAGAAAUGGUCACCAACAAAGAUUUAGUGGAUGGUCUAAAGAUGUCGAUUUUGUAUCUACAAAUAACUUUGGAAAAGAUGUCGAAGUGCUAGUAAAGCACGGAAAUAAGUUUUUAAUAUCAAAUGGGUACAUAUUUGUUGCUAAGUUAAAUGAUGUAAUUAAACAAACAGUUAAUAUGAUGGUAUCAACAGACGGAGGAAAAACAUUUAAUAAAGCGAAUUUACCAAAAGAUAUACAUGAGAAAUCAUAUACAAUUUUAGAUACUUCAGAAGGUGCUAUAAUGUUACACGUAAAUCAUGGAUCAACAUCUGAAAAAUUAAAUACUGGAAAUGUAUAUAUUUCUGAUGCGUCCGGGCUAAAUUAUACCCUUUCAUUACCAAACAAUAUAAGAACCGCAUCUGGUGAAUGUGAAUUUGAUAGAGUUUUAAGUUUAGAUGGUGUAUAUAUUGCAAAUUUUUUAGAUGAUCAAGAUGAGAUGAAAGAUGAAGAUUUAAAGUUCACAAAUUUUAAAUUACAGUUAGAAGAAGAAGUAGGUCCAGUUGAAACAAAUACACAAAAAAGAAAAAAACAAUUAACAAAAGGAAAAAAUGAAGAAAUCGUAAGAACUGUUAUUUCUUUUAAUAAAGGUGGACAUUGGUCAUAUUUGAAAGCACCAAAAGUAGAUAGUAUAGGAAAUAAAUAUGAUUGUGGAGAUGAAUGUUAUUUACAUUUACAUGGUAUAACAAACUAUCAUCAAUAUGCUCCAUUUUAUUCAAUAGAAAAUGCGGUUGGAAUAAUUAUGGGUACAGGUAAUGUUGGUAGCCAUCUAAAAUAUAAAAGCGAUGAAGUAAAUACAUUUUUAUCAAGAGAUGGUGGUGUGACAUGGAUAGAGGCACACAAAGGCCCAUAUAUUUAUGAAUUUGGUGAUCAUGGUGGUUUAAUAGUUAUGUCAGAUGAUUUGCGUAAAACUAAUCAAAUUGUUUUUAGCUGGAAUGAAGGGCAAAGUUGGUUUGAUUUUGAAUUAGGACAAUUCCCAAUAGAUGUUGAUAAUAUUGUAGCUGAGCCAACUUCUUCUUCUGUUGAAUUUUUAGUUUAUGGUACAAGAAAUGAUAUAGGGGUUUUAUAUCAUCUUGAUUUUAAUGCUCUUGGACAACCUUUAUGUAAAGGGUUAUGGGCAGCAGACUCAGUUUCUUCUGAUUAUGAAACAUGGUCUCCCUCUAGUGGCUCCUUCACAGAUAAAUGUAUAUUAGGAAGAAAAAUUACUUACACACGAAGAAAACAAACAUCUGAAUGUUUUAAUGGAAAAGAUUUAAAAAGAAUUGUUGAUAAAAAACUUUGUGAUUGUACACCAGAAGAUUACGAAUGUGAAACUGGUUUUACACGAAAAGUUGGAAGCUUUGAAUGUAAACCAACUGAUUCAACAUUAACAAUUGAAGGAUGCACAAGUAGUUCUUAUUUUUAUGCAACAGCUUAUAGAAAAGUUCCUGGUGACGUAUGUGUUAAUGGUUGGGUUCCUGAAAAGGUUCCUGUUCCUUGCCCAGACUAUUCCCCAUUUAAUAAUAGCGCAAAAUCAAUUUUGUUCAUACUAUUUAUUAUGGGACUCGUUAUGCUUAUAAUUACAUACAUAUGCAGAAACCCUAAAUUUCGAAACAUGUUUUAUAAUUAUGGUUUUGAUACAUUUGAGCAUGUCAAAUAUUCAGUUGUUAAAACGAAAAAAGGAAACAUAAAUAACAAUGUGUUUGAACCGGAAAUGGAAUUUAUAGACGCGGAACAAGAUAACAACGAAGAAGAUGUUCCUACCCUUAUGUCAUAUAACGAAAGAAAUGGACAAAGAAACGAUUUCGAAUUAACUAGAAACAGAUCAAAUCAUAAUAAUUAUGUUACAUCCAGAGCAUCGAAUUCACAAAAAAAAUAUCCAGAAAACAUUGAAUUAUUAUAA